AGUUUUGUGUUACUUUAUUGAUAAACCCUAGAGUGUAGAGAGAAUAAAUUCCGUCAUCAUCCCGUGGUGAAGAAUACAGUAGCAGAUCGGCACCUACGGUUAGCUAAAGUUUGAUAAAGUUCCGGUGAAUUGCGAAUUUCGAAAAAAAAAAAGAAAAAAAAACACUUGCCAAGUUUUCCAAGUGUGUGUAGUGCCUAAAGUUGCAAGAAAAAGAAGAAGAUACGGAUUUAGGAAGUUUUGGUGAUUACAGUUGGAUCCCACCUAGGACCUACAAAAAGAGGGGGGAAAGACCGCAUCCACGGUUUAUUUUUAGGACUAGAACCGGAGUGACAUUCCGCAUCCGUGGAGAAGAAGAAAAGAGUGAUAGAUGCACCAAUCAACAGAGGAACGGCGUCAAAAACCUCACGGUGAGAAAGAAGUGGUUUUGAAAUCUCCUAAGCCAUCGCUGAUGUUGGGAGCACCACCACGAUUGGCGUACCCGCUCGUUGUGUUUAUGAUUCGUGAAACGGAGCAAGACGAGAUGCUGCACCCCGAUGAGACAGUCAUUCUUGUGAAUGUGGUUCAUCUGAAGGAUACGGUUUGCCCACUGCCGACAUCUAUACUUGCACAAUAUCUCAAACAAGCUUGUGGACAACUGUCGUCCUUGAAGGUAAGAUAUCCCCCUACAAGAUAUCGAUAAGACGAGUUCAAAUAGUACUAGGCAGGUAAAUCAUUAAUGACAAAUUGCAUCGGAUUGUCAUGAGUGAACGGUACGCUAUCUGCACCAUGACAAGUAGAGUCUACCGGUGUAGUGUAUUCCGUCACUAAGUUGAUGAGGAGAGCGAUGUAUGAAAACACUACAAAAAAUAACGGAAGGGGGAUUGUUUACCUGGAGAGUCAAAGCGAGUCACAAACGUCUGAAUUUCUGCAUUUUAUCAAAAAUUUCAAUGGUAUUUAGUUGAUACUGACUACCCGCUUUAUUGGGAGAUAAACGUAUAGAAAUAGGCUUAUAAAAAAGACGAAACGUUCGCUACCUAAAAUAUCGUAUUGAAAAGAGUUCGCAAACCAUGCACAAUCGUAUUGUGUUCCGUUAUAAACAUAAGUACCAUUUUUUACAGAAAAUCGAAGAGGUUGGGUCAAAAUUAGCUGUGUGGCCGAUUUAGCAUGGAACUCUCUAGGGUAAAAUUUUCUCUAUCCCAUCGGUAGCAAAAAAGCUCCGAUGGGAUAGAGAAAUUGCUCUGGGGGCAAUUUUUAAACAGUUAAAACAAGUUUCAAAUUAUUGAUCUAUUUAGGAAAAACAACAUUUUAAAUGCACGAGAACGGUUAGUCUUAGAAUAAUACGUUAUCAUGUAGAAUCACAUGAAGAUUCCAUUUUUUAUACUACUUUUCUUAAAUAAUCAUAAAAUCGUUUUCAUAAAGUACUGAAAUUCCAUAAAUUUUCAAAUACUCAUAUCUUCAUUUUGGUGUCACUUAAUCAAACUUUGUUUAAUUGAAAGGGCUUUCCAUGAAAAAUAUACAAAAACAGGAAGUGGGUUAUAUCUAUGGUAUAACCGCAAGGAUGACGUAGGACUAUCGUUGAUUUAGAGAUCAUUUGUAUGAAGUUGAAUCUGAAUUCAUUCUGAAUGAAUGAAUAUUUGGAGAACUUCGAAAACGAGAGCGUUACGUUGGAGGCACAAGGUUUUAUGCAUCCAAUAUUGGAUACGGAAAUAUCCUACUGAUGGGGAAGAAUAAUCUUCAGAAGCUAUCCUGUUGAUUGCGAUUUAUUGAAAAAUCACAAAACCUAAUGUAUUUGGUCACAGUGUUACAUGGAU